AACCUGAGCGCUAGCAGCAGCAGCAGGACCGGAGACUCUGUCCGCGGCUCGGAUGUCUGCCGGACGGAGCCUCGAGUGAAACGGGGGCUUCUUCCGCGACUCCCAAACGAGACCACUUCACCCCAUUCUCAUCUUUUUUCUUUCUUUUUUUUUUUUUUUUAAAUAUAAAUUUCUCCUCCAUUUCGGACAGGAAGCCACCCGCUCCCCUUCACCAUGGCUUCCAACUUCAACGACAUAGUGAAGCAGGGCUACGUGCGGAUCCGGAGUAAGAAGCUGGGGAUCUUCAGGAGGUGUUGGCUGGUGUUCAAGAAGGCCUCCAGUAAAGGACCCAGACGGUUAGAAAAGUACCCGGAUGAGAAGGCAGCUUACUUCAGGAGCUUCCACAAGAUCACUGAGCUCCACAACAUCAAGAACAUCACCCGGAUGCCACGGGAGACAAAAAAGCAUGCUGUUGCAAUCAUUUUCUGCGAUGACACAUCCAAGACAUUUUCCUGUGAAUCAGAGCUGGAUGCUGAGGAAUGGUGCAAGCUGCUGUGCCUGGAGUGCCUGGGCAGCCGUCUCAACGACAUCAGCCUGGGAGAGCCGGACCUGUUAGCAGCGGGGGUGCAGCGGGAGCAGAACGAGCGAUUCAACGUGUACCUCAUGCCCACGCCCAACCUGGACAUCUACGGGGAGUGCACCAUGCAGAUCACACAUGAAAACAUCUACCUGUGGGACAUUCACAACGCUCGCCUCAAACUCGUCAUGUGGCCCCUCAGCUCCCUGCGCCGAUACGGUCGAGACUCCACCUGGUUCACCUUCGAGUCGGGAAGGAUGUGUGACACAGGAGAGGGUUUGUUCACGUUCCAAACACGGGAGGGGGAGAUGAUCUACCAGCGUGUACACUCGGCCACGCUCGCCAUCGCCCAGCAGCAUGAGAGGAUGAUGGAGGAGAUGGAAAAGAGCUCCCAGAUCCAUUCCAGAGAGACGUUAACCAAGUCCAUUUCCUUGCCACGAAGCGCCUACUGGCAGCACAUCACGCGUCAAACCAGUGUGGGGGAUCUCUACAGUUUCCAAGAAACCGGGCUGUCAAUGACUUUUAUCCCCCGAGCGCAGACGUUCUCCAGCUUUCUGUCCGAGCCCGAUGAGGAGGCGAGCCCGCAGCAGGAAGAAGCACCGUCGCCCUCAAGUGGCCGUCGCUCCAGUUGCAGCCUCAGAGCGUUUCAAUGACAGAGAACCGCUCGGCCAACUGUGGACACUUAACCCGCCGCUGUAGAGAGGAUGUAAAAAACAAAACAAAAAAUCUGUAUAGCCACACGUGUAAUAUAUUACUUCUUGGCGAUACCUGCAAACAAUAGUGUCAACUGUAGAGCAAGUGGUUCAUGAGAAGGAUCUAGAGGAACACUGCAUCCUUUCUUGUGUGAUGAGGUAGUUUCAAAGAUUGCACCAAAAAUCUUUUUAAGUGUAACUUUUAUGUUAUUUCCUGUUGUGACAUGCAUGACCCACCUUCUACCGUUUCUUUUUUUUUUUUUUUUUUUCCAAUCUAGCACUUGUCAGGAUGUUGAAGGCACUAACACCCGGGAUCCACUUUAAUGAAAUAUUGGGGGGGGGUGUUUUGUUCUGAAGUUGAUGGGAUCACAUCAGGCUCGACCUAAGAGGGUGCUGCCUCAGCAACCAGUUCACGUGAGACUUCACCAGUUGUGACACACAACCCUCCAACACCCACCAGCUCGGCUUUCUCUCCAGAAUGUGAAAUUGAUCACUGCCUCGCACCAAAACAGCUUGACGUCCAUGGCGGCGGUGAAUCAGCUAAACUCCAUAAUCGGCUACAACCAGCAAAAGGAAACGUCAUUGAGAAAUGAGCCUCAAGGAUAAAGAGGCGGGCCGCCGCGUCAGAGAUGAUAAAAGUGCAACCGUUUCACAGGCUCUUGCUUUAAGCCGCCAGCUUUUACCUUUUACCACAGCAAUUUGAUUUUAAUCACUUCUCAGCUCUUCAGCGGUGACAAACAUACGGCAAAUAUGUGGGAAGUUACACAAGCAAAAGGUGGCUGGGUGGGGUAAGUCGUGCAGAGCAAAAGCAAUCAUCAUCUUUCAUCGGGGAAAUUAGACAUGCAGGCAAUCAACAACCUAAAAAGGUGUUUAUUUGUUGUCUUGCUUAACUUAAGACUGCUAUAGAGAUCUGUCAUAUCACUGGAGAUGAUCUGUGAAUAUAUACACGUCAGUGUUCCAACACCACCAAGCAACACCCACCCACAAACACCCUGAAUCACAAACACCUCGUUGGAGUCUGACGGAUAAGUUGGCUGGCCCGACAUAAGCUAUUAGCCGAUUUAUCAAUAACUAUAAUUGCUGGUAAAUGAAAAUUAAGAAAAGUGAAAGAUGAGAUGGGUUAAAACAACAACAACCAUCUUUCAAUGAUGUUUUGAUUGCUAAUGUUGCGUAGAUUGUCCACCAGAGGACACUCUGCAGCUACCUGUUGGUGAUGUGUGAAAUGCCACAAACUUUCAUAAAAAACUGAGCUUUAAUAAUAUUUAGUUGUUCAAAGUGAUACUUGUUGUGAAGAUAAAAAAAAGUUUAUAUUUAAACUGCACUGUCGUACCUUAGUGAUUCUUAAAUAGCACUUAUCACAUAUUUUAAGGAAAUGUGUUUAUGUUGCACUUCUGGAAGAAAAACCAAUAUAUCGGCUGACAUGUCAAGAUAUCAGAGUUUUAAAUUUGGUCUUAAAAAUGCUAUUUCUGCUGUAGUCACGUGUAACUGGCACAAACAUCAGGUGAAGUCAGGCAGACGGGACACUUUCAGAGGAGGGAUGGCAGGGUACAUGAAGGGAAGUUAUUUCACUAAUAAGGAGGAUUACUUCUCCCUCAGUGAUUAUAAAAUACGGAUGUAUUCUCAGUUCAGAAGUAAAGCAGAUGGCUUUUUCAGUCUUAUGGCAAAACGAUUGUUAGAUUGUAUUACAGUCCAUCAUAAAAGUCCCCUCCUUUUAUUACCUCAGUGGUGCAUUUGUUUUUUUAAUGCAGCAUAAUGGUCACAUUUAGGGUCAUGGCAACCACACACUAGAAGACAUUUCAAAAGACUAAAAACUUGGCACCUUAUAGGAAGACACCUGUCUUCAUGACUUUCUUCUGACUGGAAAUUUGUCCGCAACCUUGAAACCGCUUGUAAAAUCACUGCGUGCAAGCUCAGCUUAAAAUAGUCCCAAAGGCGUGGUAUUUUGGGGAAGGUCAGCUCCUGUCAACGCCAACCCUCACCUUUGGCAAAGUAUUGGCGGUCAGAAGCUAAAACAGGCGGCUUUCAAAGUAAACCACAAACCAACGGGUGAUGUCACAUCGGUCACGGUCACAUUUUAUACAAGUCCAUGAUCUCCCCUCAUUGAUCUCUGUGGCAGAGGUCAACGAGCAGCAGGCGUCGUUGUCGCGGUAACCAGGUCUGCUGCUGCGCCUGUUUUCCAUCUGAUAGCAUCAAUGUGUGCAAAGGGAACGAGACUUUCAAAAUAAGUUCAAAAUACAAUCAGUGAAUCAUUUCUAUUGCGUUACUAAAAUGUAACCCUCCCGAUGACUGCGGUGGCGUGUUCUUCACAUCGUCCUCCCCAAGUACGAAGUGCCUUCUGCAGAGCGCGACGUCCAACCACAGCAGCAGAUUCUGUCAGCAGGAAAAGUCUCUUAGCUUCAAAAAGGAAAAGUUUUUUUUUUGAAGUAUUGUCGGCCCACACCUGAAAUACACCUGCUGCCAUUUGUUGCAUCAUCUUUGAAAUAGGUACGGUCAAGGUGGUUCUUUCUAUCAUAAGUCCGUCUGUUAAAGAAAAUGUCAUUUUAUAGGAUUCCCAAUUACAGUAUAGGUGUAAAUGACAAGCAUAACGGCGGUGUUAAACUUAAGGUAGCAAAGCAGUCUUUUUUUUUUUUCUUUUCUCUCUCUCUUUCAAUGUCUCGUCCUGGUUUUAUAUCUAGAAAUCCAGUAAAGAGGCCGACGCGAUUCCCUCGCAGCUGGAAAAGUACAAGCACAUUUGCUUUAAAGCGCAGUUUGCAGCACUCAGUUUGUAUUUGUUAUUUAGAGAAAUCUUUUCCGAUAAAGGACUGGAGGUGUUGCUGGGAUGGUGAUAAAACGUUUUAAUCAUCAGUAAUUAAAAAAAAAAAAAAUUACAAAAUUGGAUUGAAAAUCAAUUAAAUAAAUAGAUUUGGAAGAUUUGGAACAAGAAAUAAUGAAUUGUUGAAUUAUACAAUUUUAAAAAACCCUGUUCUUGAAAAAAAUUUAAGCCUCAAUUUACAAAUUCAUUCAGGAUCUUUGCUGCAUUCAAGGACCGGAUUUGCAUCGUUUUGCCUGCUUUUCUCAGCUCAGCGCCCAAAGUGUCACAGAAAAGGUGAAACACAGACCAAAUCCAGGAGGUAAACGAUUUAGAAAAUAUCUAGAGAGGUUCUGAAAUGUAAAUGUAUAAUUUUAUUACAUUGUGUUAGUUAUUAUAAAUUAAUUGAAUAUAAAUAUACAGUUUGCAAUCCAGUUUUGUGAUCCAUUUCUGAUGAUCAGAAAGCUUUAUUCCCACCGACACCUCUGGUCCUCCGUAUUAACGAGUCCCAAAGUUCCCGUCAUCAGAGAGUCGCUGGCGCGAGAUCAGAACCUGACGCGUCCGGGACAGUAUUUAUCUCAGAAGGACCGUUGUCGACACAUCUGGCCUCGUUUAUGCCCUUGUUGUCUCCAGUCUUAGUCCAUAUGUGGUUCAAUAUACGUGUAUUAGUCCCACUGCACCCGGGGGCGUAGUUACAGAUACGACCAGAGAAAUCUUUGUUGAUUGUGCUCAUUUACUGUUUUUGUUGUUUACUGUGGUCAUGCACUGGUUUGUAGAGGUGUCAUGAAGAUUUCUGUUCUCGUUACAUGAUUGUACCCACGAUGUUCUGUGUUUUAUCAGUUUUUACGUUAAUAGCACUUUGAAUACGAGUGUAGGACUACAGUUUUCACUGAAUGUACAUAUGUAAUGUUUUUGAUGAUGAAAAAAAAUAA